AUGAACUGCUAUCCUCUCCCACCCUCAUACACCUACAAACAUAGCCACUCCUACUCCGGCUACCAACCCUCCUACUCAACCAAAUCCCUCCACUCCGACAAAUCGUCAACCAAGUCCAAGCCCCGCUGGUCCCGGAAAUCCUCCAAACAAGCCAUGCCUCCCUCAGACGACUUCGAAAAGGGCCUCAUGCGCACCAGCCAGGAAAGCCGCUCCUGCUCGACCUUCUCCUCCUCAGCAGACUCGACGAAAUCCCGCAGCACCUCCACCAGCAGCGCCUCCGGCGCCAGCAGUCUCCGCAAGCCCAGCGUGUCGACCAAGUCGACCAAGACGAACAAGUCCUCCGACUCGAACAAAUCGUCGCGGAGCUGGAUCAAGCGGAUUUUCGUCGGGGAUGUCGAUGAGGAUGAGAGCGAGGAGGACCGCGAGGCGAAGAGGCGGGAGCGGAAUGCUAUGUGGAGGAAUAUGUCGAUGGGUUAUGAGAGCGUCCACGUCUACGCCGACGUUGGGGAGUUUAUCGGAAGGUCUGGUGGUUGGCCGGGUAGUAUGCCCGCGACUGUGUCGCCCUUUUACAAUGGGCUGUGA